UUAUCCCUCCUCUCUCCCGGAUUUUCCUUAUCCUCUUCUUUACAUCUUAUAUUAUCAUACCAUACCAUACAAUGCCUUCCCUCGAAAAGAAGCCCAUCUCUUAUCAGAACCUAUUGCUCGGCGCAACACUAAACCUGUUCGAGGUAUCCACACUGGGCCAGCCCUUUGAAGUCAUCAAGACCCAGCUCGCUGCGAAUAGAGGCCAGUCAUUAAAGUCUGCCCUUACAACAAUCUACGGUCGAGGAGGAGUUCUUGGAUUCUAUCAGGGUCUAAUCCCAUGGGCCUGGAUUGAAGCAAGUACCAAAGGCGCCGUCUUACUAUUUACUGCAUCAGAGUGUGAGCAUCGAGCAAGAGCCAUGGGCGCAUCUCCCUUCUUGGGUGGUAUUGCAGGUGGAAUGGGAGGAGGUAUUGCACAGGCCUAUACUACAAUGGGAAUAUGUACAUUCAUGAAGACAGUAGAGGUUACUCGUCACAAAUCAGGUAAAACAAAGAUGAUGUUAAAGGGAAACAUUACUUACCAAUAUCUGCAAUCAGGCGCAAAGGAAUCAACUUUCAAGAUUGCUGGGGAUAUUUUCCGAAAAGAGGGAUUUGCUGGAAUCAACAAAGGUGUCAAUGCAGUGGCUGUACGCCAAUGCACCAACUGGGCAUCGAGAUUCGGCAUCACCCGAUUUGCACAGGAUGCCAUCAUUAAGGCACGCUAUGGAACAGGACCAGAUGCGCACACCCACGCCUCUGCUGCAGACAAAGCAUUGGCAUCUGUUCUUGGAGGAUCCCUAUCAUGCUGGAACCAGCCUAUUGAAGUGAUCCGAGUAGAGAUGCAGAGCCAGGUCAAGACUGUCGGUAGACCUGAGAAGAUGACAAUUGCUACUGCUGCACGGUGGAUUUAUACCCAAAACGGCAUCCGAGGAUUCUACCGAGGUGUGCUUCCUCGGAUCGGUCUCGGCAUGUGGCAGACCCUUUGUAUGGUUGCACUAGGCGAUCAUUUCCGUGCCCUGUUCAAGACAAACUAGACGUAGCAUUUCUUUUUUGCUUUGAUGCUUUAUACUUUCUUUCUGGAUGCACAGGAACCAAUGCACUCAUGUACCCCUACACACCUACCUACAAACCCACACUCACACCUACGCAUUUACACUUUAAUAUUGCGCAUAUUGAUAGAUACUAUUACACUACAUAUUUGAUUUUUUUUAUUUGUUUCAAUAAAUGCUAAUUUUGCCUUUCUUUCGUACU